AGGGCUUGACAUUUGACAAAAUUUGACAAAUUUCCAGAAAAAGUCGAUUCCCUAGCGUUUCUUCGAUUUUUCCUCGCAGAAUAUUCAAUGUAAGCAGUGAAACGUGCGAUUAAAACCCAGCAAACUUAGCAUGAUCCUCGGUGCAAGUGAUUCUGCGUGUUGAAAGCGCCCGCGGCACCCUCCCAAACGAUUUCCAAACUGCGCAUUUUCGGUCGGGUCUGAAACGGGUCGCUUGCUUGCUCGGUUGGUCCCCGGGAGCUGCAGCUUCCGUCGAAAGAAAUGUCUUCAGAGUUCGAUAAGUUUAAUGAGUGCUUGAAGGCGUCCUUCUGGAAGAAUGUGAAAAACAACCGUGCCGAGCGGAAAGCGAACGGCACCGCACUGAAAGUAGAGCCAAAGCUCGAGACGAAAAAUGAAUCCGAACCAGGAACGCAAACGGCGGUGGUACAGCAGCAGCAGCAGCAGCUGCCCCAGCCCCUGCCCCAGCCCCAACCACAGCCACAGUCACAGCAGCAGCAGCAGAUGCGACCCACGCCCGUUGUUUAUAGCACAAAGUGUGAAUCGGCGGUUAAUGCAUCGCUGCAGGAGUUGCUAGAGAAAGAUCCGAAGUGUGACGAAUAUGAUGACUAUUUGCCUCCCCGGGCGCCGAAAACGCCACCGAUCGAGGAUUAUGAUGACAUGAUGCCGCGACCCCAGACGCCCAUGGAAAUUCCCAACAUGGACGAUGUUGUGGAAAUUUCCGACUCUCCCGAGCGCUCGGGGCGGAGAGUAGUGAUGGACAAGUCGUGCUCGAAAGAAAACAAAGCGGACGAGUUGCUGCUGGAAAAGCUGUGGCAAUACUUCGGCCAUCGUGAUUUUAAAAGCCAGUUGCAAAAAGAAGCCAUCGAAACCAUCAUUGCAAGAACGCGAGAUGUGUACGUUUCCAUGCCUACCGGGGCUGGGAAAUCGCUCUGUUUCCAGCUGCCUGGGGUAAUGCAGGACAACAAGGUAACGAUAGUAUUCUCCCCACUGCUAGCACUGAUAAAGGAUCAGCUAGACACAUUAGCUCGAAUUAAGAUACCGGCGGACUCGAUUAACUCCAAGAUGGGUACCCGCGACCGGGAACGGGUAAUCAACGACCUGAAGAGCGUCAAAACCGAUAUACGUUUUCUGUAUAUCACGCCCGAGCAAGCGAAUACUGCCACGUUCAAGGACAUUAUGCAGCAUCUGGUAAAGUUCCGGAAGGUCGCGUACGUGGUGGUUGACGAGGCGCACUGCGUUAGCGAGUGGGGCCACGAUUUUCGGCCCGACUAUUUGAAGCUCGGCAACUUGCGGGCGGAGUAUCCUUCCGUGCCGUGGAUCGCCCUGACGGCAACCGCUUCCAGGCACGUAGUGGAAGACAUAUUCCGUAAUCUGCGCUUAAAGGAACCGGUGGCCAAGUUCAAAACCCCCUGCUUCCGGCACAAUCUCUACUAUGACGUAGUAUUCAAAAACUCCAUCCAAGACGAUUUCCUGCAUUUGAAGGACUACAUCGAAAGCAUCCUUGGGAAGCAGGAUGAAGUGAAACCGAGCAAACGUGCUUGUGGUAUUAUAUACUGCCGGACGCGCGAAAAUACUGAACGUGUAGCGACAAACCUUACCAAGCUCGGUUUGCGCACAGUUCCCUAUCACGCGGGUUUGAAACAAUCCGAACGCGACCAGGUCCAGGAGGACUGGAUGGAAGGGAAGUACGUGGCCAUUGCGGCUACCAUCAGCUUCGGUAUGGGUGUCGAUAAAGGUUCGGUACGGUUCGUGAUUCACUGGGACAACCCGCAGAACGUGGCCGCCUACUACCAGGAAUCGGGUCGGGCCGGCCGUGAUGGCAAAAAGUCGUUUUGUCGCAUUUAUCACUGUCGCGAAGAGUGUAAGUCGAUCGAGUUCCUGCUCCGGCAGGACUUGCAAAAGUGCAAAGACUCACCCAAGGAGGAAAGUGCCAAGCAGGCUGUGAAAAAUUUCGAAAAAAUGGUUGAAUUUUGUGAAAGUGCGCGGUGCCGGCAUCGGUUGUUUACCGACUACUUCGGGGACGAUCCGCCCGACUGUCGGAACAUGUGUGACGUGUGUUCCAAUCCGAAGAAGGUGCAGAAAGCGAUCGAUUUCUUCCAGCAGCUGGCCUACACGGGCAAGCUGAAAACGAUGACGGCCUACGACGAAGAUCCGUCCGACAUGUACGGUGGCGGUCGGAAGGGUUACGAGAACGAUUACUACGAUGGGUGCAGCAGUAGCUACAGUGAUGGUCGCGAAAAGCGCAAACAAAGUGAAUCUGCUCUGCUGAUCCAGAAGCAGUUUAUGCUGCGUAAGGCGGCCGCCGCCAAGGACAUGACCAUGCAGCGGUCGGCCACCAUCGGGCGAGUAAAGUUUGCCAUGCAAACGCCGGUGAAGGUGAGCGGGCUGACGAUUGCGACGCGCGAAACGUACGUUACCUCGCUGGCGGACUUGAUCAAGAAGAAUGUGGAAAUGUGUAAAGGAAUCGACGAGCCGGACUACAGUCUAGUGUACAAAGACUUUGAAGAUAUUGCGGUCGAGCUGGAGUAUGAGGCGUUCACGAAGAACACCGUCAAAAGUUUGUACCACCGAGCGAUUGUUAAGCAGGUAACGUCACUAAAGUCGGCUAUCGCUGAGAAACUGUUGCAUCCCCGGGUGAAGGAGUACUGUCCGAAGCAUCGGGCCAGCAUGGGAGGCGACUAUCGGACGAUCGAGGCCGAUCUGAAGCGUAAGUACGGUGACAGCAUCGUAGAGGAGCUGCGCUCGGAUGGGCACGAUAAGAAGCACGACGGGCAUCACCAUCACCACCACCAUCAUCAUCAUCGUGCGGAGCGCAACGGGGAUCGUAAGCGAGGCUCGAAGUUUGGGCCAAAAACGGGAUCCUCCCGGGACCGGGACGGUCUCAACCAGUCGUCGAUCAGUUCCUACUUCAGUGCGAAAAGCAACGCACCGUCCUCGUCCACAGUGCCGCCGCUUGCCAGUGGAAGUAAUGCAGGCCUGAUGACGAUUGACGACGGGGACAUGUGGGACGACGAUCAGAUGAAGGAAGGGGGUGGUGGUCGAUCGAGCAACUCGAAGGUGGUUCCACCGGAACCAGCAACACUGCCGUUGAUUCGUACACCACAAUCACCGCCCGGUUCACCGAUAUCGCCACGAUCGCCACGCUCACCACGGUCUCCCCGUUCGCCGCGCUCGCCACGCUCACCAACGACACCGCGAUCGCCACGCUCACCGUCCGUCGAGUACGUCUCGAACGAUCAGUACCCGGAGGUGGUACCAGGGCACGGCGAGCGACACCGACGAUCGACGUCCCAUUCGCGAACGGCGUCUAAAGAUCGCACCUAUCGCGAUCGUUCCCGGUCCGGUUCGAGAGGCUAUUCGAGUGAACGGUCGCGCAACAAACAGAAAUCGUCCUCCUCCUACAAACGGUCACGGGAAAGCAGUCGAUCUUACUCGCGGGAACGAUCCUACUCCUACCGAUCGGGUAGCUCCCGGUCAAGGGAUUGGGAGGAGGACGAAAUCGCCAGGCGUCGCAAGCGUAAGUACGAGGAGGAGGAGUACGAUCGAGAGUACGAGCGCGUGCCGACAAAGUCGAGGGUUUACGACGAUGAGUACGAAACUGGCAACAUGCAGCAGCAGCACCACCACCAUCAUCCCACCCGGAGGCCUCCAUCGCCCGAGGAGGAGUUCAGUUAUGCUGCUCCCAAGAAGCGGAUAUCGCACUACGCCGAAAACAGUGGAUCCGCCACAACCACCGGAGGGUACGGCAAAGCUUCGGUGUACGGAUCCGUCGGUGGUGGGUCGUCGUUCGGGUACAAAAAUUACGCUGGUAGUGGCGGUGGUGGUGGCGGCGCGGGGUCAUCCCAAAUGCUGAACAAUGAAGAUAUGUGGGACGAUGAUCCGGAACCGUCCUCGUCCAAUAUGCGAUCGAAGGAUCAACCUCCGUCACCGCCCGCUUCCCCACCGCCACCUUCGUCACCGCCACCGCCGUCCUCCCCGCCACCGCCGUCCUCACCGCCACCAAUGUCACCGUCGCCGGAGCCCGAAUACUUGCGCACCACCACCAAGUACAUACCCUCGUCGCCGCUCCCGCACCAUCGUCCACCGUCACCCUCGUCCCCAUCACCGCAUACAGUGAUACAUCACGACAAGCAUACGAUGCGUACGUACGAUCACCGUUCGCCGUACGAUCCUUCGCUCGAUCCACGCCUGGCGGCCACCCCGAAAAGUCCGCCCUACACGCAGAAACCGUCGGGCUCGGUACAGUUUACGACGGCCGCCCAGAUGCAUCUGGCGAACUCGCUAGCAAACAAGCCAUCCUUACCAGUGAGCACGAUUCAGGGCGGCGCUGCAGGUGGGCUGGUGGGUUCAAUGGUCGGAAGCUGUGGACCGGUUGGACCGGGCGGCAAACCAUCAUCGUGCAUGGGCACAGUUACCACCACGAACAGCGUGCUGGUGGUGGCGGCCGGUCCUUCCAGUGGAGGCGCGUCAUCCAGUAGCAAUGCUCAGCAGCUGAUGGCGAAUGCGUCGGGCCACACGCCGGGCGGUGCACCAGAUUCGGCCGGCUCAACGCCCUCCGGUUCGCAGCUGGCGGAGAUGGAGAAGAAGAAGAAGAAUUUGGCCAGCUGCGUCAUACACUACCUGAUGCCGUACUACCGCGACCAGAAGAUCGAAACGAAGGAACUGUUCAAAGGGCUGGCGAGAAAGAUUUCGCACAAAUUCUACGAAGCCGAUGUUACUGCUGAACGGAAGGUGAAGAAGUACAUCGACGACAUGAUGGCCCACAAGGGUAUCAUCUCGAGCGAGGCCGACUUUCCCAAAUAGAAACGACGCAAGGCGCGCUCGCGCGCAUACAAAUCACGCUCGUACCGGCGACGCUCGCGUUGACCCGUCCAGUAACACAACAGCACACGGUGGCAGUGUUUGAUGUGGGUGAAAUGCGCGUGGCGCGGCGCGUCGUUGACUAUAUUGUAAUUUAACGAACGUCUCUGUACAUACUAGCCAUGUAAGCGAAACGGCCUCUGCGCUCUACACACUCACACCAACACACCUACAUACCGCAUCAUGACUCCCCCAAGUAGUAGCUGUGCGCCCAAGAAGAACGCGACCUGCGCGCCUAUAUUCCAUUGUUACUGUACGUGUACUUCUUAGGCAGGGCAAUUGUUUGUGCAUAUGCGCAUGUGCACCCACCAACGGAACGGCAAAUAUUCUGGUUUUUGUCCGGAGCGUUCUCCGUCGAUCGUUCGGCGGCCGUACUUUGGAUGGAGCGAGGUGAAGUGAAUGUGUUUUGAUUUUAAAGUUUUGAACCCAUCCGCUAGGUGCUUGCAUUAAUUUGGAUCUUUUUUGAUCAUUUCCUGAUUUGGCCUUUGUAUCCGGCGGCGGAAUGCGUCGUUCCAACUUUGAAUUUUCUACCAAAACGAUCCUCAAAGGAAGGAUCGAUUCGCUACGUUUAAAGGCUUGUGAUAGCUCCGUUAGAAAGGUUGUUGUGAUGGGGAUUCUCCUCGCCACAAUGCGUAAGAUUCUCAUUUUCUCUUCGCGUUUGGAGAGGUCGCCAUUCAAACUGACCUCCGACCCGAAAGAUGCGACCUUCGAUCGAGAUUAAUGCAAGCUACCUAGAGGAUUCGGUGGUUCCAUCCCCGGUUUCGUUCCGAGUGACCGUUUCAUACUAAGAGCAGCGCCUAGAUAAAGUGGCCACGCACACAGAGCAUGCGAGCAAGUGUACAGAGCGACACGAAAUACUUAUAGUGCGCGGACGUUUCUUGUAAAAGUUUGUGUGGGAAUAAAGAUACAUUCAGAUGAGUAAAA